UCGUUCUGCACAUCCCCCCACGCUCGCUUGCCUAUACAUCACUAGUGAUCAAGUUAUUAUAUUUUUCCUUUUGCUGAUUUCGUUUUUGCUACUGUGAUUGAAAAAUGUCCGACUACGGUGGCGACCACGAGGACCGUGACGAGACCGGCUUCGAUUACGAACCCCCGGAAUACGACUAUAUCGACAACGAGCCGGAAGAUUACGUUAGCCCCGAACAAGAGGCGGAGGAGGGUGCGUAUGCGGUCCUUAACGGUGAUGGGCAACCCGUGACGCCUGGCGCGAAUGGAGAUAGCGCCGCGGCGGCCACCGGCGAUGCUAGUGCCGCCGCCUCAAAAAGCAAGGUCAUGCUUCAGCAACGGGAGAAGAAGGUGCCAAACGAUCAGAGGACCACGACGCCUUAUAUGACAAAGUAUGAGCGUGCGCGUGUGCUGGGAACUCGGGCCCUACAGAUCAGCAUGAACGCGCCCAUCCUGGUCGAUCUAGAGGGGGAGACCGAUCCUUUACAGAUCGCAUUGAAGGAGCUCAACCAGAAAAAGAUCCCGCUUAUCGUGAGGAGAUACCUCCCCGACGGAUGGUAUGAGGAUUGGACAUGCGAAGAACUCCUUUAGAUCCUUCUUUUUUCCAGGAUUGCCGGUGUUCUGGGCCAUAUUCCCGCUUCCAAGGUCCGCUUUAUCUUUUGGCAUAGCGCAUGGAGUCUGGUGUAUUUGGGUGGAUUUUUCUUAUACUAUGUGAACCUAGUGUGGUAUCUCGGGGACGUGGGAGGAGGAUCUCUGAGUUAUGGGGUUUUGAUCUAUGUGACUUUAAGUUCCUUGCCUGCAGAAAAGUAUUAAAAACCAAAUACUAAGGGAGUUAAUCAUG